AUGGAAUUGUCUGAAACUCUUUCUGAUAUCUGUAAAAUUUGUAAAUCUCCUGCGCAUGGACUUCAUUUCGGAGUGAUGACCUGUAGAGCCUGUGCAGCAUUUUUCAGGCGAACAAUUGUGGAUAACCGAGAAAACAAAUAUUUAUGUCGUCGAGAUGACAAUAGCUGUUCUAUAAAUCCUGAUGACAGGUAUCACUGUAAAUCAUGUCGUUUUAAGAAAUGUAUAUCUCUCAAUAUGACGCCUGAAAAUGUUCAAAGACAUCGCGACUCUUUCAAAUCAAGCCGACCUAAAUCUAAAUCCUAUAAAAUCCCAAGUGUUGUUCUAAAAGUCAGGAGCAAGACAAUAAAACGAAAACGAGUGAUAGAUGUUAGCUCCACGAAACGAGAAAUUUGUCGUCUACUGAAUAACCUAGCUGAGUAUGCAUUACGACAAUGGAGGAAAAGGCAAAAACCAGAAACUGAAAUGAAACUUUUGAUAGAGCUACCAAUCAAAAAACUAUUCGACUUUUUCAAAAAACAAAUGUUUGUUGUUGCACAGUGGCUUUCCUAUUCAUCUGAUUUUCAAAGAUUGGCGGAAGAUGAAAGGUAUCAAUUUUUUAAGUUGGUCUGGAAUAUAUGGAGGAAAUUCGAAAGAUACCAGAUUUCAUUAGAGAUCUUUGGAGAGGAAGCUAUCACUGACGCGAAGUUUGCUCUAGAUGACCAACACAUUGUAACAAGUUCUCUGCAACUGAAAUUUUCUGAAAUUUCCGAUGAGAGGGAUGAGAAACUCACAGAAUGUUUUUGUGAUGCAUGGAGAAACAUGUUCGCUGAAAUUGCCAAACCCCUACAGGAACUAUCCCCAACUUCUACAGAAAUGGCUUUCAUGCUUAGCGAAUUGUGUUGGCAAAUAGCAGGCAAAUCCCUACAAGGUGAUGUUCUGGACCUUUCUGAAAAAGUUCGAGAUGAGCUUGCUGACAACCUUCAUAACUACUACAAAGGCACCCAUUUAAACUAUGCCGGUCGUUUGAUAAAGUUAACAAAGAUUGUCAAUUCUUUAAUUAAAUUUCAUGCGGAACUAAAAAACCGUAUGGCCAUUGUUAGGAUUUUCGAUGUUUUCAAUGUGGAUCUUUCUGAACCUGAUUUGUAUGAUUUAUAA